GCCGCCCACCUUGCGGCCCGGGUGAUCGAAGAGCCCGGGGACACGCUGCACAACCAGUGGCGCCUGGCUCAAGGAGGCUGGGGCGGCUCCGGCGGUUGGUCCCAAGGCAAUGACUACCAAGGCAAAGGUCAAGCCGGUGCCUACAAAGGCUCUUCCUCAACAUGGAAGGGAGCUUCCACAGGCAGCUGGAAGGGAGCUGCUACCAACGGAUGGAAAGGUGACUCUACGAGUAGUAACGGAUGGAAAGGUGACUCUUCGAGUUCCUUCAAAGGGUGGAAGCCAGAGGCUUCCACGGGCUGGAAAGGAGACUCCUCGUCGUCUUGGGGAUGGAAAGGUGACUCAAAGGGCAAGGGCAGCGACGAUUGGUCUUGGUCCAGCUGGGGCACCGGAAAGGGCUCUGGAACGUUUGCGAAAGGUAAGUUCGGGGGCAAGGGCGUCAAGGGCAAGGGCAAAGGUUUGGAGUGGGUGUGCGAAGGUGGGGGCGUGGGUGCUGGUUUUGAGGGAGGCAAGCGGGGUCCUGGCCACAAGCUACCUCGCACGCGAGUUACGGAGAACCCGGUGUUGGGGGAAGUGCUGGAGUGGAAGGGCAAAUACGGUUGGAUUAGACCGUCUGAGCAGGUGCAACAUGCACAGGCUGAUCGGCGAGAAGGAAAGAUCUUUGUUAGCCAGCAGGUCUCGUUGAUCCUCCAGCUAAGGAAUUGGUACCGGGUCGACUGUGCCAGUUUCAGAUAUUUUCAGACCCGUCUGGGCUUGGUGCCGAGGCAGGAGUGCGACAGGUUGACAGGAGUGUCUGCAGGCCUGAUAGCGCAGAGAUGGAUGAGACUUCCCGGUUCUGCUGAUGCCCUGCUUUCUUGCAUCUUCCAUCUGAGCACCUUUGGUGAGCUUCGGGGGAAAGGCCAAGGCCACGGCCGUGACCCAACUAAGGGCUCCAAAGCAAAAGACAUGGCUUGCUCUGGGCUGAAGGUUUUGUGCAAAGAGACGGCCACCCAUGAUACUGCAGCACGGCAGCUUGGGAAGACUUGCAAAAAGGAUGCCUGCCCUGCGGCUUGCAACAUUCGCGUGGAGCGAAUGCUCAUUUCGUGUGGAGGGGCUUUGUCUGAGCUUUUCACGACAGAAUACGUUGACACUUUGAUGAUACUGGCGAAAGCCAGCUCGAAGCUGGUGGCGGUUCAGCCAGUCCUCACCGAGGCCAGAGUUCCUUGCCGAAUCUUUGGUGACAUCCAUGGUCAACUCCGGGAUCUGCUUCUGAUUUUCGCCGCUUUCGGUUUCCCUGGAAGCAAAGAGGACAAUUUGAAUGACCUCGAAAUGUCUUAUGUUUUCAACGGCGACUUCGUCGACAGGGGAGCGCACUCUCUGGAAGUCAUUGGACUGUUGCUGGCCUUGAAAGUCUCAAUGCCGGACCGUGUCUGGCUGGUUCGUGGAAACCAUGAGGAUCGCUCCAUGAAUGCCAGAUAUGGCUUCUGGGAGGAAUGCCACGAUCGUCUUGGUGACACAUUCGGUCGCAAAACUUAUGACCUUUUUCAGACUACGUUUGACCAGCUACCGAUCGCUUGCCUCGUCGCCAACAAGAUCCUCUGCGUGCACGGAGGUGUGGGGGAUGGGAGGUGGGAUCUUAAUGACCUGCGAGCUGUCAGACGACCUUUGAGCCAACAGGAGCUUUGUUCGGCGAAGCUGCGUUGGGUCCACAACAUUCUGUGGUCAGAUCCAAUCGAGGAUGAUCGUGAACAGCGAUCUCAAGAAGCAGGCCCUGUCUUCGGUGUGCAUGAAUCGCCACGGAACACGACUGCGGUCCUCUUUGGUUGGGAUGUAACAAAGACAUUCUGUGCCAAGAACGGUAUCAGCAUGGUCGUGCGCAGCCACCAGUCCAAGAAGGAUGGAAUAGGUGUUGAUGUGAUGCAUGACAACAUGCUGAUCCGGGUGUUCUCAGCACGCGAUUACGAGGGCCACGGAAAUGAUGGCGCAGUCCUUCUCGUACAGCCAACCGACGAGGGAGAUGCCCAAUGCUGUGAUCGGCCAGAACAGAUCAUGGUGAGAGCGCAGGUUCUUGGAUCGUUCGCCAAGGCGACGGCCAAUGCCAGCCGUGGAGCUCUUUACCGCCUCAACGUGUCACAGGUAGAUGAGGCGCAGUUGAGAUAUGUGCAGGCAGAUGUCAUGGUCACCUUCGUGGUUCGUGGUGGACACGGUCCGAUUGUCUGGUGGUUUGCGAAAUGCCUGCGCAGGCGGGCUAUGGUGGAGGAACGGCAGGACGACGACAGCUACACACGCGGCGAGCAGGACUCGCAAGGUCGCUUCGUGCUGGAGGGCCCCACCAAUGCAAAAGCUUUUGCUUUGCUGGUUGAGUGCGUGCGGCAGGUCGGCGCGGCAGCUUCAUGCAAGUGCACUCGUAGCAAACAGCCGCUGGCGCAGCCCGUGGCAUCUGUGGCCUUGAGAACUCAAGAUCUUUUAGCCAGCAAGCUCGGCUGCAAGGACAUGGACAGUGUCAAGCCAAUGUGUGACCAGAACUGA